CCAAAACUUAAAAUUAUAUAAUUUACUUUAAUUUUCAAUGUUUUGUUAAUAUUGGCAAUUUUCAGUUCUUUGACAUCAUCCACUACUAUAGUAUUACAAAUAUUUCUGCUGACCGCAAAUUGAGAUAUUUUGAAGUAUGAUGACAUAAUUGUUUAGUUUCUUAGAAAAUCUUAAACAUCGUGAUUUUUUUAAGUUACAUUAUAGAGAGAUUUACUGAAAGCUUUGGGAGGGCAGAAGCGCGAAGAAAAAGCGUGUAAAUGACGUGGCUGGUCCCGCCCUCAUGCGCGUGUUUCUACUGGGUCCUAUAAGCACAUGUUUAAGUCCUACGUUCAAGGUUUCAAUUCAUUGUUACACUGUACUCACUAAAGUAACCAUCAUGUCUGGAAGAGGCAAAGGCGGAAAGGGACUCGGAAAAGGAGGCGCGAAGCGUCACCGUAAAGUGUUGCGUGAUAACAUCCAGGGCAUCACCAAACCUGCUAUCCGUCGUCUUGCUCGCCGCGGUGGUGUUAAACGUAUCUCCGGUCUGAUCUACGAGGAGACUCGCGGUGUGUUGAAGGUGUUUCUGGAGAAUGUUAUCCGUGACGCCGUCACCUACACCGAGCACGCCAAGAGAAAGACCGUCACCGCCAUGGACGUCGUGUACGCGCUGAAACGACAGGGACGCACUCUGUACGGCUUCGGAGGUUAAACGCGUUUAUUCUGAAGUUAAACAUUGAACACAACGGCUCUUUUAAGAGCCACCCACUGUCUCACUAGA